CAGAGCGGCUGGUGAUUCACCGCUGAUGACAGAAGGAACCAUGUCCCAGUCAGCUAGCAUUCAUAGCACUUCAACGAUUUCUCCCUUAUAUGUUCUGUUUAUCUAGUCCAAAAUGAUAUGAGAGAGUAUAAUAGCAAAAAAUGCCCUUUUAGCAGGUAACAGCACUGGCAGCUUCUUCUGAAAGCUUGAGAUAUAUUUUAUCUGCCUAGGGAUUUGAGAGCGAAUGAUGGAGCACAUCAGACUGCCAAAGGUUGAAAGAGUCCAGUUACUGGACAGGGGCUCUUCUCGACGGGCACAAGUGGGCACUUUGUACUUGACAGCCUCUCAUACUAUCUUUGUGGAUAACGAGACUGAGGUUUGCAGUGAAAUAUGGGUGCUGCAUAGUUUAGUGUGUAAUGUUGAGAAGCAAAGCGUUACUGCCUUCGGAUAUCCACUUCUCAUUCAGUGCAAGAAUUUCCAGGUCAUUCAACUCAUCAUUCCACAAGAGAACGACUGCAACGAUGUUCUUAUGUCACUCUUGCGUCUCUCCAGGGCAAAACGAUAUGAGGAACUGUAUUGUUUUUCUUUCAAGCCUAACAUUGACAAGGCCGAGCGAGACCAGGCUUGGGACUUUAUAGACCUGAGGGCUGAAUACAGUCGAAUGGGAGUACCAAAUAAGCUUUGGCAUGUCAGCCCCAUCAACCGAGAAUACAGGGUGUGUGAUACGUAUCCCACAGACUUGUUUGUGCCUAAAUCAGCCACCCUCCCUGUCAUCGUCGGGAGCUCCAAGUUUCGCAGCAGAGGCCGAUUUCCCACGCUGUCAUACUACUGCAAAGAAACCCAAGCAGCCAUAUGUCGCAGCAGCCAGCCUCUGUCCGGCUUCAGCGCCCGCUGCUUAGAAGAUGAGCAGAUGCUAGAGGCUAUCAUGAAGUCCAACCCUGGCAGCCGGUUCAUGUACGUUGUGGACACCAGACCCAAGCUAAAUGCAAUGGCAAACCGGGCUACAGGAAAGGGCUAUGAAAGUGAGGAUAACUACACCAACAUCAAGUUUCAGUUCAUCGGCAUUGAAAACAUCCAUGUGAUGAGGAACAGUCAACAGAAGCUUAUAGAAGUGUCUGAUCUUCGGUCUCCUUCCAUGGGGGAAUUCCUCUUGGGACUGGAAAAUUCAGACUGGUUGAAACACAUCCAAACCAUACUGACUGCUGGAAAGUUCAUCUCAAAGGCUGUGGCAGAGGAAGGGGUCAGUGUCUUGGUGCACUGCUCUGAUGGUUGGGAUCGGACAGCUCAAGUGUGCUCUGUGGCCUGCAUACUUCUUGAUCCUUACUACAGGACUCUCAAAGGAUUUAUGGUGCUGAUUGAAAAAGACUGGGUUUCAUUUGGACAUAAGUUUUCCCACAGAUACAGUCAUCUAGAUGAAGACCCCAAGGAGGUGUCACCGGUUAUAGACCAGUUUCUUGAGUGUGUGUGGCAGCUUAUGGAGCAGUUUCCCUGUGCCUUCGAAUACAAUGAGAGAUUCCUUAUCAGCAUCCACAAUCACAUUCAUUCGUGUCAAUAUGGCAACUUUGUUUGCAACAGUGAAAAAGAGAGGAAAGAUCUGGGCAUUAGAGAGAAGACUCACUCCUUGUGGCCUCACAUGUGGAAGAACAAAUCAGACUUUGUGAAUCCGCUGUUCAGACCGGACCAUAGUCAGACUCAGGGAGUUCUACGGCCCCUUACUACCCCCUACUGUUUCAAGUUCUGGAGGGGUUUGUAUAAUCAUUUUGACAGAGGGUUGCACCCGCGUCAGUCUGUGCUGGACUGCUUGAUGGCUGUGAAAGAGGAAACACAGCAGCUUGAAGAACUGCUGGCUGUUUGUGAGCAGAAACUUGCUGCCCUGGGUAAAGAGCAUGCGAACAGCCUCUGUGUGAAAAGGCAUUCAAUAAAUCAUCGCCAGACUCUGUGGGCAGAGCCAGCACACCUCAGCUCAGCCAACUCCCCUCAGGAUUACACUGGUGGAAUUUUGAGCACCGGUCCUAAAGAUUGGCCUGUCCAGCAGAGGGAGACUGAGAGCACUGAGCUUAGCCUGUUUGGAGAUGCAACAAAAAGCUCAGACCCUGACAACAGCGACCAGGAGUCAGGAGUGGCUGACUUUAGCUGCCAUUCCUCCAGCGGUGGAGAUUCGUUUCCAAGUGAAGAUAGCGUCAAGGACGCCGACUCAGACGAAGCUGCUUUCAAUACUGCCUGAUAAAGCAAAGUGACACAUGAUAAAUGAAAGCCAUAGGAUUUCUAAAGGGACUGUGCAAUUAUACUAAGAAUGGCAAAAGGUCAUGUAUGCAUUUUGACUUGAGUUGUUCAUGCUAUACUCCAUUAACAUGUCUCUGUGUCUAUAUUUCUGAUAGCCAGUGAAAAAAGGAAGUGUUGCUUUAUUUAUUACAAUAUUUAUGCCAUUGUAGCUUUGUAUGCGCAUGAAAUGAUUUGUAUUGAAACCCCGCAUGUUACAAAAUACCACAUAAUGAACUUAUAUUCAUGGUGAGGUAUCAAAUGAGUUUCAGAUUCACGUGACAUUUUAAAAUAGCCUUUCCAUGGUUAAACAGAACGGCACAAGUAGGAUCCAGACAGAGCUCUGACAUUUGUCGGUCCAUAAAUUUCCUUCUUACAUGCUCGUAGGCCAAAGAAUUCCACUUGUGUGAACUUGUGCUACAGGGACCUUCAACCUGAACACAAAAGUAGCUCUGAGGAACAAAAUUGAACAGCUGACGCAGACCAAAAAGGAGAAAUAUCACAAAGCACACAUGGUCAAGAUGGUCAAUGUAGAAACUGUAGGAACAUCACCUCACAGUGGUUUAUUACAGCCUGCAAAUGAUGCUAACAUUGAUGCUCUUAUGAGCAGUAAUGGAAGAUAUGCAGUAAUACGUGCACAGUGUAAGCUUAAGCUACAUUUCCUUGUGAAUGUUGAGAGAUGAUUCCCAAUGUAACAGGUUAUUCUCACACUUCACUUAUUUCUGUCGCUAGUGCAAUGUUACUCCAGUAUUGGUAAAUAAAGUCAGCUUUACACAUAG